UCGGAGCUCGGAUAGCUGGAACGAGGUUCUUGUAUGGUUCGCUCCAGUUGUCAGGCCAAUCUCAUCACACCCACGUCCCGACCUGCACCCCGACGAACGUUCUUACGCCAAAGAACUCGACCCGCCCUCAAAAGAAGAUACUACCUACAGUAGAGAUAGAGUUGCAUUUUCCGCUCCUUGACACGGUUUUGAAACCACAACCAACAACAAAGCAAAGAGCACAGCUCCCAUCAGGUUCUAACUAAAGGUGGAUGGGAAGAUGAUGAAGAGGCCAACCGGAAGGCCAUGAGAGGUUUCAAUCGACGCCAUGCCUUGUUUUAUCUCCUUGGUUUGUCUGGAUGUUUCUUCCUGAUUCGACAGUUUUCCCGUCUGAGCAAGGAUCAUGGUGACAUUUCCGAUAGUUUCCCGACAGCUGCUGAAACCACCGGCAAUGGUCAUAGAAGAAGCGAAAGCAACGUGUUGGCAGUGAAUGCAAAACGCCCGAGCGCAAAAAAACGAAACAAUAUUGCUUUUCAGGAGGCUCCAUGGGCUUUGGAGAAUACGAAUACCAAAGAUACCAAAUUGCUUGGAGACGGACCUCUUGUCUCUACUGAGAAUGCAGCAACCCCCGGAAUUGACGUGAGCAAAGCCAGAAAUGAAGAAGUGAUAUCCGCUACAAAUCCACGCAAGAAACGAGGGAAAUUGCAGAGAAAGCAAGUAGGCGAUUCCCUCCUUUAUCUUCAACACUUUUCUGGAUCCGGGUGGUCCAAUCAAGUGAGAAGCUACAUGAGUGCCUACUACAUUGCCAAGGCAACCGGAAGAGUCCUCGUGACAUCACCCGUACUGCCCAACAGGCGCAUCUAUGGAGAUCACAACAGACUGAUGAAGGACAACAAGCAGGAGUUUGACGUGGGGUACAACUUGAGAAAGGCAUACAUGCGAGUCGUUCGGCCGGAGGAAUAUAUUGCCGUCGACAAGAUUUUGGAUAUGGAAUACACAUUCCCCAAUGUGACCACAAUUGAUUACAAAGAAUUUGUCGCCAGCAAACAGUGGACGAAGGAUAUAUCCACCUGGGUGCUGGAGAAAAACUACAGUCGCCCAAACACGAUGUUUGUACUCGAUCGACCAGAUUUGGAAGAUACCCAGGUCACGGACGAAACUAAUGAAAAUGGUCAAGUAGUCACAUACAAGGAUAUUCGCAAGGUUGCCGUGGAAGGAAAACACUUUAAAAUGUGGACUCUAUUGGACUCCUUCCAACACUUACAUCCCAGCAUGAUGCCUAACCCUGUUCGGCUACGAUACAAAAACGAGAUUCGUCACACGGCAAGAAUUAUCCGAGAGCACGUAUGGAACAACUUGACAUAUGCAUCGCUUCACGUGCGGGCCGGAGAUGGUCCUUGGGCGUUUCGAAAAGUCAUUUGGGAAACCGUACGCAAAGUUUUGGGGAAUAGUACAGAGAAUAUACGGCAGUGGUUGGAUGGACGACGACGAGAAGAACAAUCUGCUACGAGUGAACGGCUGGUCGAGAUUGGACUGUUUAUUGCCACAGACAUGCCACAGUUCCUGCUGCCAAAAGUCCAAGAGAGCAUUGAAAACAAAAUGAAAGAGGCGUUCCCAGAUCUGUCGGUGCGAGUCCUUUGGAGUAGCUCUUUUCAGAAUUAUACCCAACAGCUCGAACCUUCGCUAAGGUACCCAGGGAUAUUUCUGGACCAGCAGCUGGCUGCUUGUGCCCCUAUUGGCUUCACUCCCUCUCCCGGAGCGGGACACAUCUCGGUAUCUACAUUUUCCGACUUAAUCAUGACGAUUCGGAAUUCUAAUGGAGCUUGUUGACAUUCCGCCGUAGAUGUGAACUGGCAAAGAAUGCAGUGUCGAUAAACUCCAGCAUGUCGAGUCGCAUGGGUGUUCAGCCAUCCAUGAACUCCCCAAGGACGAAGUGGCUUGCGAUUGCAAGUUUCUAGUUACCGCAUAGCACCUGGGACGUCGAUUCGACAGAGUCGAGCCACUCGGCUGAAAUAAAUAGAGUAUACCAGGUAGUGGUCGGGUCAGUACAUGCAGCAAAGGUAUCAAUCAUGGACAUUCUUACAGGGCUACGGUACCGGUGCACACGGUUCACAGACUCGAUACUGUUAGCGUUGGUCUUCUUUUUUGUUGCUUUUGGGGGCCUUCAUCUUUCGUGGAUUGAAGUCUCCUCGCGGAUCUGGCACAUGGUGGUGCCGACGCAUAAUUGCAUCCCCCCCAAGCAUAGACAACUGAGUAAUAGUAUCGUUUGGAUGUUCCUGUCUAGCUAGCUCCAGCUGCACUACAAUACCUAUAGUUUGCCCAAUCCAGGAC